GUUCAUCUACCUUCUUGCCUUGUAGCACUAUCGCAAUGGCGCCUUCCGUCAGCGACAUGCCCUCUCCAAGCGCGGAUAGCGCUGCACAACUGCUGCAGGAUCUCGAAACCAGCAAGACGCUGCUGCCCCUUUGGACGCAGAUGACAAGACUCAACCCACCGGAGCCGAACCCCACUGCCGUUCCCUAUCUAUGGAAAUAUGACACCAUCCGCCCCAGUCUGCUGCGAGCCGGGCAUCUGGUCACAGAGAAGCAGGCGGAGCGAAGAGUGCUGAUGCUAGUCAACCCCGCUCGAGAUGCACCCUACACAACCGAUACCCUCUACGCAGGCCUGCAGCUGGUCAUGCCGAACGAGACGGCCCCCGCCCACCGCCACACCGCCUUCGCAAUGCGCUACAUCAUCGAGGGCAGCGGCGGCUUUACCGCGGUGCACGGCCGGCGCAUCCGCAUGCAGAAGGGCGACGUGAUCCUGACGCCGACGUGGAACUACCACGACCACGGCAAGGAUGGCAGCGGCCCGAUGAUCUGGCUGGACGGGCUGGAUCUGCCGAACUUCCGACACUUCCCCGUCCACUUCGUCGAGCACUUCCGCGAGCCGCGGUAUCCCGCCGAGGAUGUGGACACGUCGGCCUCGCCCAUCGUCUUCCCCUGGAGCCAGAUGAAGGCCCGGUUGGACGGUUUGGAGGGCAGCUGGGCCACGCAGCGCUAUUUGAAAGCUGACGGUCGAGAAGUGAGUCGGGUCUUGGGCGGGUGUGCGGAGAGGCUGGAUGCAGAGGCGGCGUCCCCGCGCCGGCAAGACACCUUAUCCGCCGUGUACCAUGUGAUUUCCGGCAAGGGUCGCUCGGAGAUUGGCAGCCAGACGCUGGAGUGGCAGGCUGGAGACACCUUCUGCGUCCCUUCGUGGUAUCCGUACCGGCAUUUUGCGGAUGCGGGGGAGACCGUCUACCUUUACCGGUUCGACGAUAAGCCAAUGAUCACGGCGCUGGGAUUUUAUCGGUCGGCGUCUGAUGAUACAGAGACGUUGAUCUCGGACUGA